AUGGGCGAUUCUUCGCGAACAACAACUGAAAGUACUGAAAAACGUACGACAGAUCAAAAUAUUACUACUUUGCUUGAAAAUUAUAAGUUUGAUCAAGACUUCGGUGUUAUUUGGCUUAAUACAUAUUUUAAAACUGAUGAUGAGUUUUGUUUAAAAUUGAAACGAAUUUUUACAAAUUUAGCCAUAUUCGAUUGCCCAUGUGAUUCUAUAAAUUAUUUUACUCAGAAUCCUAAGAAAUUAUCAUAUUUCGUAUGUAUUGUUUCACAUUUCAAUGGACAAUAUUUCAUACCAUUAAUUCAUGAUAAGUCUAUGAUUCGUCAUAUGUACAUUUAUUGUCGAAAUUCACAAGAACAACAACAAUGGAUUGACAAAAAUCAUGAGAAAAUAAAAAACAACAUUUUUAUAAAUCAAAAUUUACUUAUUAAAGAAUUAAAACAAUUUAUAUUUGAUGCAAAUACGAGGCAGAAUGAACUGUUAAGAGAGAUAUCAUUGUCAUCAACAUCAUUUACAUAUUUUAGACAAAUUGAAAUAUCAAGUCCAAUAAGAAAUUUAGAUAAAGAAACUAUUGAAUUUAUUCAAUUUCAAUUGCUUAUUGAAAUAAUAUUACGGUUAUCUCUGAACGAAAAAGCUAAAAGUGAUAUGAUAAAAGCAUGUCAUAAUUAUUAUAGUGAUAAUGAAACACAAAAGAAAUAUAUUUCAGUAUUUGAAUCAAACUAUGAAACAAAAACACCUCUUGAAUGGUACACAGAUCCACAAAUGAAAUUUUGUCAUAAAUUAACAAAUAAAGCAUUAGGGACACAAGAUGUCGAUUGUUUAUUUCCAUUUCGUUUUCUAAUUCAAGAAAUGCAUAAGCAAUUAGACGAACUACAUAAAAAAUCUACAAAAUCAAUAUCUUCGCCUUUGCAUCGAGGCAAAUUACUGACAGCAAAUACAUUUCGAAUUUUAAGAGAGAGUAUGGAAGGACAAGGGAUUAUAUGUAUGAAUGGAUUUGUAUCAGCAAGUGUUAAUGAAAAGGUUGCUAAUAUGUUUAACUAUAAAGAUGGUAGUGCAUCGACAGAUUCAAAUUAUGAACGUGUUCAAUUUCUAUUAAAUAUAGCUAAUGAUAAAAAUCAAACAACCAAACCAUAUGCUUGCCUAAAUACUGUAACGAAAGUACAAGAUGAAGAUGAAGUUUUAUUUUCAACUGGCACGCUGUGGUUUGUUAAGUCUAUUAAAGAAGCUGGAAAAAGUGGCAUGUGGCUUGUAGAAUUAGAUUUAAUUAAUGAAGAGAAUAAUGAAUGUUGUAUAGGUAUAAAACAAUAUUUGAAGGAAAAAUUUGAAGACAAAACAACAAUAAUGACAUUAGGAAAUUUUUUAAGUGAAAUAGAUGAAUAUGAAAAAGCCGAUAGAUAUUAUCAUGUACUAUUGGAAGAACUUCCACCAAAUCACGAAGAUAGAAGUGCAAUAUAUAUGAAUAUUGGCUUGCUUCAUUAUAAGAAGGAAGAAUUUAAAAUAGCUGAAGAGUAUUAUGGUUUGGCAUAUGAACAUUUUAGUAAAUGUAAUUUUACAAUUGCAGAAAAACUAAAACAUAGACCUAAACAAGAUGGAAUCAUGCAAGAUUGUAUAGAAAAACUACAUUCAGCAAAUUCAUCUACUCCUUCUAUUACGCCUACGACAAUUCCUCAAACAGCAACGUCAACGACAUUCUGUUGUCAUGAUGAAAUUAAUUUGAUACCAACAUCAUUAGUAGCAAAUCAUUCAUCAAUCGGUAAACUUUACAAUAAUUUGGGUUUGCUUUGUUAUAAUGAAAACAAAGAAGCAUGUUUCAAAGAAGCAUUUGGAUAUUUUGAAAAAGCUUCAAAUUGUUUUAAGGAAAUAUCAGAUGCACCAGAUCUAUCUGCAGUCUACAAUAAUAUGGGUAUCGUAAGCUAUAAACUAGAAAAAUAUCAUGAUGCUUUAGAAUUCUUUGAUAAAGCCAUUACAACAGGUCUCCAGUUGCUGUCACAUGAUCAUCGAAGGAUUAAAAAUUAUGUUCAUAAUAGAGCUGAGCUUUCACAAGUGUCUAAUGGAAAAGAUCCAAAACGACAAAAACUUAAAAAUGAUCAUACUUAA